AUGAAAUCAGAGAACUGGAUAGUUAUCCUUAACACUAACAAUUUUCAUCAACUAUUGCCAAUAUAUUCAAGAAACUACUCUUGGAAGAUCAGCUCAAAAAUCAGAGUUCCAGGAAACAUCAAAAGAACAGGAAUCAUCAAGACCCUCGAAUUUAUCGAGGCGACGAGAAUAGCUAUCAGAUCAUGGCAUCUCAAUAGAAUGCAUGAAGAAGAAGAGGAAGAAGGCGGAGAAGAAGAGGGUGGACCGGAAGAUUGA